GCGGGGACGCGGAGGCGGCGAGGCCGCGCGGACGGGCGCAGCAUGGGCGGCCCGCGGGCCUGGGCGCUGCUCUGCCUCGGGCUCCUGCUCCCUGGAGGCGGCGCCGCGUGGAGCGUCGGGGGCGCCCCGUUCUCCGGACGCAGGAACUGGUGCUCCUACGUAGUGACCCGUACUGUCUCAUGCCACGUGCAAAAUGGCACCUACCUUCAGCGAGUGCUGCAGAACUGCCCCUGGCCCAUGAGCUGCCCGGGGAGCAGCUACAGAACCGUGGUGCGGCCCACAUACAAAGUGACGUACAAGACAGUGACUGCCAGGGAAUGGCGGUGCUGCCCUGGGCAUUCAGGGGUGACCUGCGAGGAAGGUUCCUCGGGCUUUGUGGAGCCCGUGUGGCCGGGCAGCACCAUGCGGCGGAUGGCCCUUCGGCCUAUGUCCUUCUCAGGUUGCCUCAACUGUAGCAAAGUAUCCGAGCUGACAGAGCGGCUGAAGGCCCUGGAGGCCAAGGUGGCUGUGCUGUCAGUCACAGAGCAGGCGGUGUCCCCAAGCCCAGUUACCCCUGAGAACCCUGCUCCACUCUGGGGUUCCCCAGCUGCUCAGGGAAGCCCGGGAGAUGAAGGCCUCCGGGGCCUGCUAGGAGCCAGAGAGAGUUUGAGGGCCCCACUGCUCCCUCGAGAUGAUCAAGCUGGAACUCAGGGGCUGCCUGGGCCCAUUGGCCCCAAGGGAGACACUGGCAGCCAGGGCCCAAUGGGAAUGAGGGGCCCACCAGGUCCACAGGGCCCCCCUGGAAGCCCUGGCCAGGUGGGAGCUACUGGCACCCCUGGAGAGAUGGGACCUCCAGGCCCCCCAGGGCCUCCUGGUCCCCCAGGACCCCCAGCACCUAUUGGACCACCCCUCAGCCGGAUCUCCCAGCAUGGGGACCCAUUACUGUCCAACACCUUCAUAGAAACCAGCAGCCACUGGCCCCAGGGAUCAACUGGGCCCCCAGGUCCCCCGGGGCCCCCAGGACCUAUGGGCCCCCCUGGACCUCCCGGCCCCACAGGGGUCCCUGGGAGUCCUGGACAUGUGGGACCUCCAGGCCCUACCGGACCCAAAGGUGUCCCUGGGCACCCUGGAGAGAAGGGCGAGAAAGGACUGCGUGGGGAACCUGGGCCCCAAGGCUUUAUGGGGCAGCAGGGAGAUCCUGGCCCCAAGGGAGAGCCUGGUGAGAAGAGCCACUGGAACCAGAGCUGGGGUCCGGGGCAGGCCCUAGUGACACGGGCGCCCCUAACUUCCUUCGGGGCAAGAGGGGAGGACAUGCAGCCAACUACCGCAUCGUGGCCCCCAGGAGCCAGAAUGAGAGGGGCUGAGGGCAGCCGUGCCCUGUGGGUGGACCAUGCCAGGCGCCCCUCCCUCCCUCACCUGGACUUGGUCAGCUGCCUCCAGGGACAGCUGGUUCCUAUUUAUUAAUGUCCUCAGGGUCUCUCCUGCCAUCUAGGCCCUUGCCUUGGGCCGUCUUGGUUCUGGUACCUGCACCUGCCUGAGGCUGAGCAGGUCUGGGGCCUGACAGGGAAGUAGGCCUCACUCAGGAGCCCAGGCCUCAGUUUCCCUCUAUGAAAUGGGGUAGAGGUACGAGACUUCUCAUCUCAUCAGCCGCUGCCCUGGCCCUCAGCAGGUACAGACUGUUGCGGGGGGUAGCCUCGGGGUGGGGGGUGGAACCACACCCCCCCUUUCCUCUCUUCUGGUGCUGUGUUCUCACGGAGGCCAGGCUGCCAAUCCAUGACUGCAUGGUCGGAGGGCUCCUUGCCUCAGUUCUGCCCCCAGCCCCUUCCAUGUCCUGAGUGGGGGUGGGGCCUGGAGAGGAAAGGGCUGCCUGCGACACAUGCCGGGAGGCAGGUAUGUACUGGACA